AAAGAAAAAAAGCCAUAAAACUAGACAUUUUUUUUUAAUAAGCGCAUGACUCCAAACAUGCCCCACAAAUACCCAAAAAGUAUCACGCAUAGACGAAACUGCCCUUGAAGAGCGUUUCUGAAACGGCAAAACUUUGAGAAUCGUCAUGGGACCCAUGCGAAGAGAGACACGUCAUAGAACUCAGACUGUAACUAACCAGCCUGUCUUGCCCCCAAAGAGAUAUAUUACAUGACUCAACUAAAUCAGUAGUACACAGCAGUCCUAAGUAUCAACUAUAUAAAGUUCAUAUAUGUAAUAUGUAUGCCGUAUGUGUAUAUGUCAUAUAUCUAUAUCAACGCUCAAAAAGGGAUUAAGGAAAGAUUUACGUAACUUAAACUAAGAAUGCCAAAGAACUAUAAUAGGUUAGGUCAUAAAUUUGGUUAGUUAGCAGAAACAAAUUGGAACCUAAACUAGAAACAAAUUCCCGGCUGGUGCAUUCUUUUUAAAAACCUUCUAGCGCACUAUAUUUUCUUUCAAAUAAUUUUUUUAAAGAUUUACAUAUAACAAAUCAAUAUUUUAAAAUAAUAUAGAGUUAGCUUUAUGUUUAAAAUUUGAACUAAAAACAACAAACACACACACACACAUAUAUAUUAUAUUUUUCCUUAUCCACAUAUCAAAUCGACCAAAAAAUAUAAUAAGGAUUUUUCAAACUGAGGAAACUGAAUUUUCACAGCCGGAAUCACGCAUUUCAUAUUUAAAAUGAUUAUGAAUAUUAGGGCAAAAAAAAUACAUAAGUUAGUUUGAUAUUUUAACAAACAUAGAAGAGUUUAUUUUGAACGUAACAUUUUUGUCCCCCGUUCGACCACAAAUAUAUAACAAGAAUUUAAUUUUAUUUAAUUCAAGAAAUUGUUUGUUUGUCAUCCUACUCUCUUUUUAUUGUUACUCAAACAUUACAAACGUAUAGGCUUUUCUAAAAGAAAGAGAGACAGAGACAGAAACAGAGAGAGAGUUAUUUAAGGGUACCUCUUCUCUUCCAAUGCUUUAGUCGGAAUUUUUUCUCCGACGUUCAUCGGUUGACGAGUUUGAAACCAUCUUAGCCCUUAAACCGGUUUAAUGGAAGGAGGAAACAUGUUUGAAGAAAUAGGGUGUUUUGACCCAAAUGCUCCGGCAGAUAUGACGGUGGAGAGCAACUUCUCUCCCGCGGAGCCACCACCGCCGGUCUUGGUUGCCGGUAGCACAAGCAACAGCAACUGCAGUCUUGAAGAUCUCUCUGAGUUUCACCUCAGCCCACAAGACUGCUCCCUAGCCGCAGCCACAGCUUCUGUUCAUCAGCUUCACAUCAAUGCUACUACUCCUAGUUGCGACCAACAACUCCAGAGUUUAAUGAACCAAAACUUUCAAGAUCCACCCUAUGCUCCACAGUCUAACAACUGGGACAACGGUUACCAAGAUUUUGUGACUUUAGGUCCUAAUCACACAACUCCUGACCUACUCAGUCUCUUGCAGCUGCCAAGAUCCUCACUUCCACCUUUCGCAACACCUAGCCUUCACGACAUGAUCAUGACAUCUUCCUCUGCCGCCUCUGCUGCCUUUGACCCGCUCUACCAUCUGAACUUCCCUAUGCAGCCUCCUAGUGGGACUCUACUAGGAGUUGAGGAUCAAACCGAGUUCAAUGGAGUGAACAGUUUGAUAUAUGCUGAAGAAAACAACAACACCGAGAAUGGUCUUAACCGCAAAGGGAGAGGAUCGAGAAAGCGUAAAGUCUUCCCUACAGAACGUGAGAGAAGAGUUCACUUCAAAGACCGGUUUGGUGACUUGAAGAACUUAAUUCCGAACCCUACCAAGAAUGAUAGAGCAUCAAUCGUUGGAGAAGCGAUAGAUCACAUCAAGGAGUUGCUAAGGACCAUAGAGGAAUUCAAGAUGCUAUUGGAGAAGAAAAGAAUCACAAGGCAAAGGAACAAGAGAGGCAGAAUCGAAAUAGGGGAAGAGGAUGUUGGUGAUGAGAACUACAACGCUCAAAGCGAAGUCGUAGAACAAUGUUUGGUCAAUAAGAAGAAUAGUUCCUUGAGAUGCUCGUGGCUGAAGAGGAAAUCAAAAUUCACUGAAGUCGAUGUGCGUAUCAUAGACGAUGAAGUUACUAUCAAGAUUGUGCAAAAGAAGAAAAUCAACUGUUUAUUGUUCGUCUCCAAAGUGAUUGAUCAGCUUCAGCUUGAUCUUCAUCAUGUUGCUGGUGCACAGAUUGGAGAGCACCACAGUUUCUUGUUCAACACCAAGAUUUGUGAAGGGUCUAGUGUUUACGCAAGUGCCAUAGCAGAUAGAGUUAUGGAAGUGUUGGAGAAACACUACAUGGAAGCUCUUUCAUCUAACAAUGGCUAUCACUGCUACACUAGUGAUUAAUGCGUUUUCUUUUUAGUAAUGGCUUCCAUAAUUGAUGAUUAAUAAUAUUACAUUAGUAAUGUUUCGUA